AUGGAAACGUUUAUACAUGAUAAUCCAUGUUGUUAUCAAUGGAAUGAUGGUUGGCCAUUAUCUGCUGCUUUAACACAACCGUUUGAAUGUGAAACAAUACCUUGUUGUGAAAGUGAUUUUGCAUUAGUUCGUCAUCCUCAAAAUUUUAUAACAGGUCGAAGAUUUCGACGAGAUUAUUUCAAUGUAUAUCAUCCAAAUGCUUGUUAUGGUUCAUGCUGUUGUUUACCAGCAAUACCAUGUGGAUCAAUGCAUCGGUGUGUUUCAAGAGAUGGAUUCUUUAGAAAUUUAGGAUCGGUAACAAUGGAAGAACAAGUAUGUCGACCUAUGGUUACAUAUGUUCGUACAGUAUCACCAAUUAUUCGACAAUUAAAAGUACGACCACGGCCUUCAUCUUGUGUUGAUCUUCGAAAUCGUGAAAAACAAGAAAAACAUGUUGAUGUGCAUCGUGAAGAACGUUAUGAAUAUAAUUAUAAUUUUAAUUUUCCAAAUGAACCACCAAAAUUACCAACACCACCGCCACCACCAGUCAUAGUUCGUCCACCGACAAAAGAUACUGGUGUAAUAACUGAUAGGAUAACUAAACGACCUUUAACUAUGACAGAAACAGAAAGAUUUGAUCGAUAUGAACAUGAAGAAAAAAUAAAAAAAGAUCAAGUUGUGAAAGAAGAAACUAAAAUUAUUCGUACAGUAGUAGAAGAGCCAACACGACAUUAUUAUGAAUAUCAUGAUACUUCUGGUGACGAGUAUCAACAAAGUUGCAGAAAAGCACAACGUAAAGAUUUUAUUCAACGAAUGCAUGUUCAAAAUGGUACAACACAAAAAACAUUCAAUGCAUCAAAUACAUAUGCGGAUCUUGGAAACAACUAUGUUAAUAUUCAAUCAGUAUCACAACCACGUGAAACCAUUGUUCGUACUAUGGAAACAAGUUCUUCUCAAGGUUUUACACCUGUUGUAAAAAGACCAUUACAUGUUGAAGAAAGUUCGGGAUCGCGAUUUUGUGUUGAAGAAAGCUCGGGAUCACGAUAUCAUACUGAAACAACACCAGCACAUGCUGAAGAAAGUUCUAUAUUGCGAUAUCGUGUCGAAACAACACCAGCACAUGCUGAAGAAAGUUCUAUAUUGCGAUAUCGUGUUGACACAACUUAA